CGCCGCUCAAUCUACUCCAGGACGCUGACGCCGCCGCUCAAUCUUGUUUCUGAAACCGCUCUGUCAUCUUCUCAGCAAAUGUUUCCACAUUACAUGUGUGGCAACCCUAUUGUUCUGAAGUCUGAACUCUAUCAUUUCAAUCAUUACGAACAACUUCCAUGGGCCGUGGCACUCUUUCGAGCAUGCGGAUGCAGAGCAACAAGAACGGUGGUGGCGGUUGUUUGAGAGAAAGUAUGAAUGGGAUGCAUGCUACACGAGCAUAAUAAAGAAGAGGUUUCGUUCUAGGGGAUCUGAAUGGUUAAGCAAGAAUAUUUGCCCGGCAAGACGGCAGAACAAGAAGCCGGACUGGAUAUGCGAUGGUGACUGGAUGCUGUUGAAAGAGUAUUGGGGGUCUGAUUCAUUCAAGAAGAAGAGUACUGCCAGGAAGAAGAACCGCAACUCUCAGAAGGCGAAAGAGUCACAGUAUCGCGGUGGGCGGAUUUUGGUCAGUAGGCAUGUUAGUCCCCACUUAUAGAGGACGGCGGUACGGGACGUGGUCUGAAGCAGAGUCUCUUUCGGGCAGCUUUGAAUGCUCAAGCCGACACUCCAAGCCCACCCACGAGGAGAUUGAUGCCCGCAUCCAAUCGCAAGUGGAAACCCGGUUCGCGCAGCAGGAGCAACUCUGGCGAGCACAGAUGGAGAAUAUGUCCACCGCGUUUAUGUCGAUCAUGCGACAAGUCCAGAGCUCUAACUCGUCUGUCCCGAUGCCUGAUAUCUCGGCUUUGCAUACCCCGACCCCUGUUGCUAAGAAUUGCC